AUGAGGCGAGGGGUGGGAGAAAGGGGAGCAGGGGGCGGAGCAGGAGGGCGGAGGAGGGGAGGAAUGGCAGGCGGAGAGGUGGGGAAGGGGAGAGAGUGCGCGCAAGUGCAGCAGCAUCGAGAGCAUUGGCGUGAGGCGGGGGAAGGAGAGGCAGACGCCGAAGCAGAAGCGCGUGAGGCGCUUGAAACGCACGGUGGUGCUGACGAGGCAGGGAAGGGGGGGAGAGGGGGAGAAUGGGGAGACGGGGAGAAGGCGGAUGGGGAGAAGGCGGAUGGGGAGAAGGGGGGUGGGGAGAAGGGGGAUGGGGGGGAACAGGGGAGGGCCCAUGUUCUCAGCCCCUGUUCUCAGCCCAUGUUCUCAGCCCCUGUUCUCAGCCCAUGUUCUCAGCCCAUGUUCUCAGCCCCUCCCCUCCCUGCUGGCCUCCCUGCUGGCCUCCCUGCUGGCCUCACAGCUGCCACAGCCUGCACAGCCUGCAUUGCAGUGGCCUCACUCACCCACACAUCACCCCCCUGGAAAGCGCCCCUCGCUGCUCAAGAGCGUGCUGGCGGAGGCAGAGAGGGGGAGGGCGCUGGUGGAGCGUGCUGGCGGAGGCAGAGAGGGGGAGGGCGCUGGUGGAGCGUGCUGGCGGAGGCAGAGAGGGGGAGGGCGCUGGUGGAGCGUGCUGGCGGAGGCAGAGAGGGGGAGGGCGCUGGUGGAGCGUGCUGGCGGAGGCAGAGAGGGGGAGGGCGCUGGUGGAGCGUGCUGGCGGAGGCAGAGAGGGGGAGGGCGCUGGUGGAGCGUGCUGGCGGAGGCAGAGACUACGCCAAGGCCAAACUAACCGGCGCCGCUCCUGCUUGCUGUUCCCAUGCCCUCUUGCUGUUCCCAUGCCCUCUUGCUGUUCCCAUGCCCUCUUGCUGUUCCCAUGCCCUCUUGCUGUUCCCAUGCCCUCUUGCUGUUCCCAUGCCCUCUUGCUGUUCCCAUGCCCUCUUGCUGUUCCCAUGCCCUCUUGCUGUUCCCAUGCCCUCUUGCUGUUCCCAUGCCCUCUUGCUGUUCCCAUGCCCUCUUGCUGUUCCCAUGCCCUCUUGCUGUUCCCAUGCCCUCUUGCUGUUCCCAUACCCUCUUGCUGUUCCCUUGCCCUCUUGCUGUUCCCAUGCCCUCUUGCUGUUCCCAUGCCCUCUUGCUGUUCCCAUGCCCUCUUGCUGUUCCCAUGCCCUCUUGCUGUUCCCAUGCCCUCUUGCUGUUCCCAUGCCCUCUUGCUGUUCCCAUGCCCUCUUGCUGUUUCCAUGCCCUCUUGCUGUUCCCAUGCCCUCUUGCUGUUCCCAUGCCCUCUUGCUGUUCCCUUGCCCUCUUGCUGUUCCCAUGCCCUCUUGCUGUUCCCAUGCCCUCUUGCUGUUCCCAUGCCCUCUUGCUGUUCCCCCGCUCCUGCUUGCUGUUCCCAUGCCCUCUUGCUGUUCCCAUGCCCUCUUGCUGUUCCCAUGCCCUCUUGCUGUUCCCAUGCCCUCUUGCUGUUCCCAUGCCCUCUUGCUGUUCCCAUGCCCUCUUGCUGUUCCCAUGCCCUCUUGCUGUUCCCAUGCCCUCUUGCUGUUCCCAUGCCCUCUUGCUGUUCCCAUGCCCUCUUGCUGUUCCCAUGCCCUCUUGCUGUUCCCAUGCCCUCUUGCUGUUCCCACGCCCUCUUGCUGUUCCCAUGCCCUCUUGCUGUUCCCAUGCCCUCUUGCUGUUCCCAUGCCCUCUUUCUGUUCCCAUGCCCUCUUGCUGUUCCCAUGCCCUCUUGCUGUUCCCAUGCCCUCUUGCUGUUCCCAUGCCCUCUUGCUGUUCUCAUGCCCUCUUGCUGUUCCCAUGCCCUCUUGCUGUUCCCAUGCCCUCUUGCUGUUCCCAUGCCCUCUUGCUGUUCCCAUGCCCUCUUGCUGUUCCCAUUCCCUCUUGCUGUUCCCAUGCCCUCUUGCUGUUCCCAUGCCCUCUUGCUGUUCCCAUGCCCUCUUGCUGUUCCCAUGCCCUCUUGCUGUUCCCAUGCCCUCUUGCUGUUCCCAUGCCCUCUUUCUGUUCCCUUGCCCUCUUGCUGUUCCCAUGCCCUCUUGCUGUUCCCAUGCCCUCUUGCUGUUCCCAUGCCCUCUUGCUGUUCCCAUGCCCUCUUGCUGUUCCCAUGCCCUCUUGCUGUUCCCAUGCCCUCUUGCUGUUCCCAUGCCCUCUUGCUGUUCCCAUGCCCUCUUGCUGUUCCCAUGCCCUCUUGCUGUUCCCACGCCCUCUUGCUGUUCCCAUGCCCUCUUGCUGUUCCCAUGCCCUCUUGCUGUUCCCAUGCCCUCUUGCUGUUCCCAUGCCCUCUUGCUGUUCCCAUGCCCUCUUGCUGUUCCCAUGCCCUCUUGCUGUUCCCAUGCCCUCUUGCUGUUCCCAUGCCCUCUUGCUGUUCCCAUGCCCUCUUGCUGUUCCCAUGCCCUCUUGCUGUUCCCAUGCCCUCUUGCUGUUCCCAUGCCCUCUUGCUGUUCCCAUGCCCUCUUGCUGUUCCCAUGCCCUCUUGCUGUUCCCUUGCCCUCUUGCUGUUCCCAUGCCCUCUUGCUGUUCCCAUGCCCUCUUGCUGUUCCCAUGCCCUCUUGCUGUUCCCAUGCCCUCUUGCUGUUCCCAUGCCCUCUUGCUGUUCCCAUGCCCUCUUGCUGUUCCCAUGCCCUCUUGCUGUUCCCAUGCCCUCUUGCUGUUCCCAUGCCCUCUUGCUGUUCCCAUGCCCUCUUGCUGUUCCCGUUGAGGUAUUGUACGAUGCAGAGCGGUGACGGUUCCCACCUUCUCAACUUUCUCAGGAUAUGCCCAUGCCACCCUCUCACCUCACAGUCCUCCCCAACCCCUCACCUCACAGUGUCUCCUUCUCACCUCAACGUGCCACCCCACCACCUCACAGUCCCCUCCCUCCCCCCUUUCCUCCUCCAGUCUUCCCCUCAAUCCCCCAACGAUGCAUGGGAGCAGGGAGCAAUGAGGCAGCGGCACGUGCUAACCAGGCUGAAGGAGGUGGGGCAAGCGGUGUAG